GUGGAGAGUAAUUCUUUUCUGGCGUCUUGCACCUGCCUCCGUUUGAUUUCAGUGUCUAUCCCGAGCCACUAUUUUUAGAGUGUAACAAAGUGGACAGCGGAAGGCAGUCGGGUGCUGGACGUCCGGAUUGAAGGUCACGACAGAAUAUUCGCGGAUUAUUCUUUCCCCACGUACUUUUAAACGCCCAGUGCUUUGUGACGACGUAAUUUAUUUAUUGACGUAAAUAAACUAAAGUGUGGAAGUGUAAGUGAACCGAACUACAGUGGGCAUCUGAAGUGUUCUGAAAAAAAGAGUUCCAUAAUUAUCGACAUAAACGAAUGAACAGUUGCCGGAUUAUGCAUGAAUAAUUCAGUAGCGAAGGAAACGAGAGCAGAAGGAGCAAGUGACAUGAAGAUGGUUCUUGUAUCCACAUGUUGCAGCCUCCGAUGUCUCCCUGUAGUCAGGCCGUUCUUGUUUGAAACACUGCUGCUACAAGAAGGUAAGUCAAUCGUUAAUAUGGAUGAAUAAGGACUCGCUCGUCUCCAGGGACCCGCCAGUACAGCGGUAGCCGUGGUAAUGGCUACAAUACAAGACACGAAACCAAUUAGGCUUCCUGAAGUACCCACUGAUGUUCCAGAUGAUCCACUACUUAAAACACAGGGAAUUCCUGAAAUCAGCAGCCUGUCAACAGAAAAAUGCUCAAAUGCUGUGAAAAAAUAUGCUUUAAACUUUGAGUCUGCAAUUUGGAAGAUUGAGGACCAGUUGAAAGGAAAUCCAGCACAGAAUUUAUUUGCGGAAGUGUUGGACCCCCUUGAGAAACAUGGUGCCCCUCUGGACACAACAUGGGGUCUUGUGAAGACCUUAUUUUUUACCAAUAAAAAUCUUAUGCCUGGGAGAACAUAUGUGAACAUCCAUGAUAAAGCACGCCGGUUUAGAGCUAUCAAGUUCAACAGUAAGCCUGUAUAUACAGCAUGCAAGGAAGCAAGUCUUAAUAAUGAUUUUACAGAAGAACAGAAACGAGUGGUGGGAAAAUACAUCCUGGAGGGUCGUCUGAAUGGUUUGGAUCUUGAUCACGUACAGUACAUCAAUCUACAACAAACAAUUAAGCAGAUCACUAAUCAAAGGACUAAAUUCAAGUAUAACAUUGAUAUGGCUACAAAGAAAUUCCAGCACACAAUUUUUGAUCACUCAGUUGUACGAGAAUUUCCUGAGAGUGUUCUCAAGAUGCUGGCAUUAGACAGUUCACAACCAAACCUUGGUCCAUGGAAGGUCACCCUAAUCCCACAUGUGUACUCCAAGUUCCUCGAAUAUUGUCCAGACCGAGAUCUGCGUUGGAACAUGUGGCAAGCAUAUACAAGACGAGCCUCUAAGUUUUCAGACUCAACUCUUCAGAACAGCACACAUCUGGAGGAGCUGAGAUAUCACAGGAGAUACCAAGCAUCUCUUCUGGGGUUUGACAGUUUUGCAGCCAUGUCUAUGGAAACCAAGAUGGCUGGUAGUGUAGAGAAUGUCAAGACAAUGAUUACCAGUCUUCUAGCCAGAGCACGUCCAUCCCAGGAUCGUGAGAUACUUGAACUACAGGAGUUUGCUAUUUCACGGGGUUUUGAUGGUGCAAUGCAACUCUGGGAUGUUCCAUAUUGGAAGAGGAAGCAGUACACAUCACUGUUUGGUUACAGUGAGAAACAGCUAAGAGAAUACUUCCCACUACCCAAAGUUCUGGCUGGCCUAUUUACCUUGUGUGAGCAGCUGUUUGGUGUGCACAUUCAGGAGCGAAAAGGGGUGAGCACAUGGCACCCUGAUGUCCAGUACUUUGACAUUUUGGAGCCAGACAGCACCGAACCUGUUGCAGGAUUCUACUUUGAUCCCUAUGCAAGAAAUGAUAAGCUGUGGACAUACCAAGAUGCAGGUUGGGUGAUUGCGUUACGUGGCCGCAGUUCUGCAGUCAAUACUACUCCACUGGCAUCUCUCAUCUUCAACCUGCCACAACCUCAAGAAGGACAGCCUGCAUUACUCUCCAUCUCAGAUCUUCACCUGUUAUUUAAGAAGUUUGGCCAUGCUUUGCAGCAUCUUUUAACAAGAACCUCCUAUUUGGAAGUGUCAGGCUUGUCCAAUGUUGAGUGGGAUGCAAUAGAAGUCUGCAGUAAUUUUAUGGUUCAUUGGUUGUACAACCAGAAUACAAUUGAUCUUAUCAGUGGCCAUGUUGAAACUGGGGAUCCCUUGCCAUCCUCCAUGAUGCAGCAGCUUUGUCUUGGCCAGAAACACAUGGCAGGCUAUGAGCUCUGCAGGGAGCUCUACUUGGCAUCUUUGGACCUUGAGCUCCAUACUUCAAAAGAUUUCUGGUGGGACUUGGUGAAGAAACUCUGGCCUCAGUACUUGGCUUUCCCUCUGGAUAGCAAGGAUUCGCAUCCAUGCUCUUUCGCAGCAAUUUUCUGUGAAGAAUGGGGUGCAGCAUACUAUUGCCACUUGUGGGGACGUGUUAUUGCUGCAGAUGUGUUCAGCACAUUCCUUGAGGCUGAGCUUCAUAGUACAGAGGAUCGUUCUGCUGUUGGCAGAAGGUUCCGUUCCACAUUUCUUGCUCUUGGAGGCAGCUGUCAUCCUGGAGAAGUGUUCAGAAGAUUUAGAGGACGUGAUCCAUCACCCAGAGCUCUUCUUAGUUCUCUUGGGCUUAAACAGUAUGGUGUAAGUGAUACACCAAACACUAAGAAAUGAUUGUCAAGAAGAAAUUUGUAAUAAUAUGCUGUGUAAAGUUGUAUUUAUAUAGAAGGUUGGCAUGUCAUAAUAAACAAAGUAUUUCAUGUCACUGUUGAAGGCUGAUCUUGUGUGUAUGCCAUAUUGGAGGGAGCUUGACCCAAAAUGUUGUUGUUAUCAUCAUCAUAAUAAUAAUCAUAAUUGUUUACUGCUCUGGUUAACACUGGAAAAGUUUUUUCUAUAACAUGUGUAAUGUUUCAUUCACUUUCACACAUUUCAGCUGAUUUUAGUUCAUUUUCUCAGAUGUAAUUAGUAACAAAAGGUUUUCUGUAAUAUGUUGUAUGCUUUAUGCUAGUACAAAUAAGCUAAUUCUGCAUUGGAGUGAAAGUAUCAAGGAAAAAACUGUA